UGGCUCAGAAGCUCGCGGACCUCGCUGGCCAACGGUCCUGUUUCUAAUAGAGGCGGGAAUUGGCAACGUUAUCGAUUCAAAUUCUGAGCCAAGAUCCAGACGAGAAUAUCUUUUCGAGCAGUCGUCUGCCCGUCCAGGUGAAUGCCAUCGGACAACGUGCGUCGCAUUUUAAAAAGAACGUAUCGAGACGCGUAUCGGAGUGUGAUUAUAUACUAUAUUAUAUCAAUUUAUAUAUGGUCUGCAAUUCACCGCUUCGAGUUGAAACAAAACAGCAAACAACAACAAAAUAGCGCAAAAUAAUAAAUAAAAAUAUUUUGCGGUCGAAAAUGUUUACAUUCUUGAGAAUUUUAUUACUUUGUGUGCAUUUGUUGCAUUUUAAAACGACAUUAGCCGAGGAUGUGCCAUCGAUAAGACCAUCCACAACGACCCUAUCUGAUCAAGCUGAACAAACAAAGGCUCUCGAGACCUUGGCCGUGGUCAAUGCUACAGUCGAUCAAGAUUUUGCGACUAUUGCAGAUGCUUCCGAAAUACCUGACUACACACGAAAGCAGAGACAAUUCUUCUUCGAUCCCAGUCUCUUCAUUCUGCAAGCUGGACUGACUGGCGGCGGCGCCUGGGAAGGUUCCAGAUGUCUAACUACCAAAGGUCAGCCUGGGGUAUGUGUUCGCAUUGCCAGCUGCCAGCGCUAUUAUCGGGUCGUGAGGCAGUUGUCAUUCAUAGCGGUGCGUCAAUGGCAGCCCCAGAGCUCGUUGGGAUUGGGAACGGAUGUGUGUAACUUUUAUGAUCAACUGGGACGUAUUAACAAUGGUAUCUGCUGCACGGACGUGGAUGCAAACACCUUUGGCGUUUUUCCAAUACCUACAACAACUACGCCCCCAACUAGCCCAACAACGACUACCGAGAAACCUACGCCAUCUGCUGAUGAGAUUGACAGAGUGGAAGAGGCUGAAGGAGAAUAUGAACCAGAGCAACCAGUUGAAAGCGCAGAUCCUGUAGAUAUCGAUGCAGAUCCAAUCGAUAACAUCAAUAGCGUUGAAGACACACCCGACUUCCAGGAUAUGAACAACAUUGAUGGCAGUGCCCCCGAGUCUCAGCCACAUCCGCAACCGCCUGCUGCCUUGCCAUCGGUAACACCGCCCACAACUGCGAUUUAUCCCUAUCAAUGGCCAUUUGGCACCUUUGCAGGUGGCGUGCCACAAUGGCCCCCACCGUUGCCUACCCAUCCCCCCACAAUUGGAGGCUGGCCGCCACCAAUUCCAACGCAUCCACCAAGUCAUCAGUACCCUACGCAUCCAACCUCAAGACCGAAUCCCUCCACUCCCAGCACAGUGCUGACCACCCGACGACCCACAUCCCGUCCAUCCAGCAAACCUACUACCACCACUAGGCGACCCAGCUAUCCGGUAGGGAGCACAACGACAACGCGCCGACCAACAACUGGCGGAGUGAGUGCAGAAGGUUUGCCUUUGCAGUGUGGCAACAAGAAUCCUGUGUCGCCGGAUCAGGAGCGUAUUGUGGGCGGUAUUAAUGCCAGUCCUCAUGAGUUCCCCUGGAUUGCGGUCCUAUUCAAGUCCGGCAAGCAGUUUUGUGGUGGCAGCCUGAUCACAAACAGCCACAUUCUCACGGCUGCACAUUGCGUGGCCCGAAUGACCUCUUGGGAUGUGGCCGCCUUAACUGCACACUUGGGUGACUACAACAUUCGCACGGACUUUGAAGUGCAACACGUUUCUCGUCGCAUCAAGCGACUUGUGCGCCACAAGGGAUUUGAAUUCAGCACGUUGCACAACGACAUUGCCAUUUUGACGCUGAGUGAACCAGUGCCUUUCACCUCUGAGAUUCAACCAAUUUGCCUGCCCACUUCGUCCGCUCAGCAGGCGCGCUCCUACAGCGGCCAGGUCGCCACGGUCGCCGGUUGGGGAAGUCUGCGUGAGAAUGGGCCACAGCCAUCGAUUUUGCAGAAAGUGGACAUUCCAAUCUGGGCCAAUUCUGAGUGCGCUCAGAAAUAUGGCCGUGCAGCGCCUGGUGGCAUCAUCGAGUCCAUGAUCUGUGCCGGUCAGGCUGCCAAGGAUUCAUGCAGCGGUGACUCUGGCGGUCCAAUGAUUGUCAACGAAGGUAGUCGCUAUACGCAAGUGGGCAUCGUCUCGUGGGGCAUUGGAUGUGGCAAGGGACAGUAUCCGGGUGUCUAUACACGUGUCACUUCGCUUCUGCCUUGGAUCUACAAGAACAUCAAAUGAAAACUCUAGUAUUGUGUUUAGUUUAAGUGGUGAUAUAUUGAGACAUGUGAAAUAAACUGUAUAACCUGCA